CUCUUUCUCUGCAUAUCUCUCUCAUAAGCUGCAACAGAAUGUUGAAAACAGAGAAGUCAUGCGUCGCUUCAGAUUCUACCAUUACUACCAAGUUUGGAGUUCGUCCUCCUUCUACCUAUUCCAUGAAGAUCCAAAGCCUCUCUCAACUCAAAACUCUCUUCUCUGGUACUGACGGAUACAAGUCCCGUACCUUCUCUUCCGGCAAAUACAACUGGAGAUUGGUUAUAUAUCCAAACGGAAACGAGAAAGACAACGGGACAAGGUUUAUUUCAGUGUAUGUUGAAUUAGAUAGUACAGCUCUAGAGUCCACGGUCUUGGCAUAUCUCACCUUCUUCGUCUACAACAAGAAAGAAAACAAAUACUUUACUAUUCAAGAUACUGAAGGGAAGCAGUUCAAUGCAUUAAGACCGGUGUGGGGGUUUCCGCGAGUACUUCUGCUUGAUACAUUCAGUGAUCCUAAAAACGGAUAUGUCUUUGAUGGAGAUCAGUGUGAGUUUGGUGUUGAUGUGAUGGUUCCACUUACCAAUUGGGAAGUUGUCUCCUUUACUCAGAAACCCUCCAAUCCAAAGUUCUAUUUGACGAUCGAAAAAUUCUCUAAGUUGAAAGAGCACUGCUACGUAUCAAGCAAGUUCUUAAUAGAAGGAAGGAAUUGGGUGAUUAAGCUGUAUCCUAAAGGCUACAACGCUACAUGUUCCACAUGGUUGUCCCUCUUUUUGCAUUUAGCCGAGGGUGAAAUAAUGAAGACAGGUGAGGAGAUUUAUAUGCAGUGUGAUGUGCGAAUUCUCGACCCGUUUGGAUGUAACCACGUGACUCGGAAGCUUAAUGAUAAUAUCUCGAACAAAGGUCGGGGUUGCCUUGAACUUAUGUCGUUGGCUAAACUUGCGAAUGCUUAUUUGGACAAACAAGACUCUUUGAAAGCAGAGAUCGAAUUUGAUGUUGUUUCUACCACCAAAUACUCAUGAAGAUUUACAACACACCAUUUAGUUAUCAUUAUCAGUCUUUUUUUUUUAAUUUACUUAUGUUUUGUUUAUUCAGAUUCUAGUUUUUUUAUAUCUAUUGUUUUAA